AUGCACUUCAUUUGCCAAUGUGCAUUUUCUGUCUCUGAUGAGGAGCUGAAGAAAACCACUCUAAUGAUGGUUGAACAAAGUAAAGUUCUUAACACCCCUGGUGCAGAGAAACAGACUAAGAGGGAGCUGUUUGAUGCCCUUCGACAGGAGCUUGAAACCCCUGUGCUCGAGAGGGCCUCUAAAUCAGUUUGGGAGUUAAUGUCGGACAAUAAUGGGCUGGGGAAAGAAAUCAGUGAAACUGUUGAAAAAUUCUUUUGUCGAUUAAGUGGUAGUGAGCCUCCUUUAUUUCCUUCUUUGAGCAUUGAAGGCCAAGCAGAGAAAGAGCAGGAGGAUUUGAACUCUUCAUCAAAGAAAAGAAGUUUCAGCAAGAUGAGUGUGGUUGGAGGAGCAGAUGAAGUUGUAGAUUUGUCCAGCAAUUCCCCAGCCAUGCCAGAGGAUCGUAAUCCAGUGCCGUCUUCCAGUGGACAAACAUGAAGACAUGAUUCCCUGUGUCAGAUGAGUUCUUUCCUGACUGUUAUCAAUAAUUUCUUCACGGAGUUUGAGCAGAUAUUAUUAGGAGCUUUGUAAUAAUGUUAUUUUUUCGUAGUUAACCUUGU